AUGUGGUGGGCCCUGCUGCCGCUCCCGCUGCUGCUGCCCACGGCGCUGCGCCCCAGCUGGGCAGGGCCACCCCAGGAGAGGGGCCCUCUUUUCCGGCUCACUCGGCGGGACCCCCGGGAGAGCGGGACCAGCAACGCCACGGUGUCGCCGUGCGAGGGGCUGCCCGCCGCGGGAGCCUCGACCUUGACCCUCGCGAACCGCAGCCUGGAGCGCCUGCCCCGCUGCCUGGAGCCCGCACUGCGCAGCCUAGACGUCAGCCACAACCUGCUGCGCGCCCUGAGCGCCGCCGAGCUCGGGCCCCUGACGCGGCUGCAGGUGCUGACGCUGCGCCACAACCGCAUCGCCGCGCUGCACUGGGGCCCGGGCGGGCCGGCGGCGCUGCACACGCUGGACCUCAGCUACAACCGGCUGGCCGCGCUGCCGCCGUGCGCCCCGCCCGCGCUGCCCGGCCUCCGCUCGCUGGCGCUCGCCGGGAACCCGCUGCGGGCGCUGCAGCCCCGGGCCUUCGCCUGCCUCCCCGCGCUGCGCCUCCUCAACCUCUCCGGCACGGCGCUGGGCCGCGAGCCCGGGGCGGGCAUCGCCGACGCGGCCUUCGCGGGAGCGGGCGGCGCGCUCGAGGUCCUGGACCUCAGCGGCACGUUCCUGGAGCGCGUGCAGUCAGGGUGGAUCAGAGACCUGCCGAAGCUCACAUCUCUCUACCUGAGGAAGAUGCCCAGGCUGAGAAUUCUGGAGGGGGACAUUUUCAAGAUGACCCCCAACAUGCAGCAGCUGGAUUGUCAAGACUCCUCAGCACUUACUUCUGUCCACACACACAUCUUCCAAGACACUCCUCGCCUACAGGUCCUUCUAUUCCAGAACUGCAACUUGAGUUCCUUCCCUCCUUGGAGCCUGCAUUCCUCCCAGGUCCUGUCCAUCAACCUCUUUGGCAACCCUCUCCUUUGCAGCUGUGAAUUGUCCUGGCUCCUCAGGGAUGCAAAGAGGACUGUCCUAAGCAGGGCAGCGGACACUGUGUGUGUACCAGCUUCAGGGUCCCAAGACACCUUCUCGGCCCCUCUUUCGCUGACGCAGCUGCCCACUGUGUGCCAUCUGGACCAAAGCACCACCCUCCUCGAUUCCAGCUCGCCCGACUCUGUUCCCUUCGCCCACGCACCGUCUACACAGGGUCUCACCACCCCACCGAGCACAGCCCCCUCCACUCGACCCGUGGAAGCUGGGCAGAACGUCACCAAGCCCCCCUCCCUCCCCGCGGAUUCCGCCACGCAAACUGCAUGGUCACACAGUGCCAUCAAGGUGGGGACCGCCCCCUCCCCGGCCAUCUCCACAGCGGAUUCUAGCAACUCCGGCGCUCUGCGCAGGGCAGCAAACACAGCGGGGACAGAGCCCCAAGAAGAACACGCUGCCAUGCUGGGCCAUACGCCUCACGUCUCAGCUGCCUCCACCGCCUCCGCCAGCAAACACCCUGGGCUCUUCCCUACCCCCUGGAGCCCAGUGCGGACGCCCCAGCCCGACUGCACGACACAGGCCACCCCGCAGGCACCCCUCCCGAGUCCUUCCGAGGGCGCGAUUCCAAUCUUGCUGUUGGACGACUCCAGUGAGGAGGAGGAGGAGGAGGGGCAGAAGGAGGAGGUGGGCGCGCCUCCCCAGGACGUCCCCUGUGAUUACCACCCCUGCAAGCACCUCCAGACCCCGUGCGCCGAGCUGCAGAGGCGUUCGCGGUGCCGGUGCCCCGGCCUCAGCGGGGAAGACACCCUCCCGGACCCCCCCAGGCUGCAGGCGGUGACCGAGACCACCGACACGUCGGCCCUGGUCCGCUGGUGCGCCCCCAACUCGGUGGUGCGCGGCUAUCAGAUGCGCUACUCUCCCGAGGGCCGGCCGAGGAACCAGUCGGUGACGGUGGUGGCGGACAUCUACGCCACCGCCCGGCAGCACCCCCUGUACGGGCUCUCGCCAGGCACCACGUACCGCGUGUGCGUCCUGGCCGCCAACCGGGCGGGCCUGAGCCAGCCGCCGGCCUCGGGCUGGACGCGGGCGUGCGCCGCCUUCACCACCAAGCCCAGCUUCGUGCUCAUCUUCGCGGGGCUGUGCGCCGCCUGCGGCCUGCUGUUCGUCACCACCCUGCUGCUCGCCGCGUGUCUGUGCAGGCGGGGCCGGCCGCCACGCCCCCAGCGCCACGACACGCACCUGGUGGCCUACAAAAACCCAGCCUUCGACUACCCGCUGAAGCUCCAGACGCUCAGUUAG